AUGGCAGGCAACGACAGUACCCCGAAAGGAAAAACUCCCACUCGAACCACGACAACCGAACCCGACUCAGACGACGAACGUGACAUAGAGAUUCAGAAUCUCAAAACUAUCGUCGGACAACUUCGAGAACACCUUGAUCAACUAGGCGCGAACUACAACGUCCAUUCGACAAGCGUGAAGGACUACUUGGAGCAACUCCAUGCUCAAGUCGUCGCUUCAGCCCCAGCAACUACCGUUAGAGCACCUAAGCUCCCGAAGGCUGAGACCUUCGAUAGCAACAGACAGAAAUUGCGAGGAUUCCUGACGCAGAUAGACAUCCAUAUCGACGUCAACAAAGGACGCCUCGUUAGCGAAGGCAGCAAGCACCUCGAACGAACUUUUGGCGACAUUGAUGCCAAGAAGACAGCUAAACGCAAAUUAAAACGAAUUCGACAAACUAGACCAAAGCCAAUAGAGCUCGACGCAGCGAGACUCCCAAGCAAUGAAGAGAAACGACGAAGAGACAACAACUUAUGCUUUGAAUAUGAAAAGCAGGGCACAGGGCGCCGAAAGACGCAACAACGCAAGGCCACAACAAAUAAGGGCAACCCAGGACGAUUAGGUUCCGCCUCAGCAGCUACGAGCCACCGACGAUGCUCCAAGACGCCGCUACGCAACGGCAAGAAGGUACGCAUCGCCACUAACCGCGAAGGGGACUGGGCGAGUAUGCGGAACCAAACCAAGAAGGGUAAAACCUUGGACACCUUCGACGACUACGAAGAACGGGCGGAAGUGAUACGACAAAUCACCAAGGAUAUAACCCCCGGAACCUUCGCAGACGAUAUAGUUUACCGCGGCCUGAUCAGCGCAGAGCACGCGACGGAAGAAUUUCCCGAAAUAGAUUAG